AUGUCUGACGCCGCGAUUACCCAGCUCCUGAGCAGGCUCGAAGCCGUUGCCGCUCGCCUCGAGUCGGUCGAGAAGCAGCUCCAGUCGGGCGGUGGUGCCGGUGGUGCCGCUUCGUCGGCCCCGGCUGCCUCUGGUGAGGUGACCAAGGCCGUGUCCGAAUUCGACAACCUGGUGUCCACUUACAUCGACGAGUACGUGAACGUCUCGGCCAAGAUCGACCCCCUGGUCAAGCAGCAGGCCGACCUUGUCAAGCAGGCCGUCCUGGCCCAGAGGGAUCUCCUCUACAAGGCCUCGCAGAGCAAGAAGCCCGACGCCACCACCUUCGGCAACCUGCUGAAGCCCACCUCUGACCUCAUGGGCAAGAUCGUCGCCAUCAGGGAUGCCAACCGUGCCAGCAAGGUCUUCGGUCAUCUCUCCACCAUCAGCGAGGGUAUCACUGCUCUCGGUUGGGUUGCCAGCCCCCCUACCCCUGGUCCCUUCGUUGAUGAGGCCCGCGCCUCGUCUGAGUUCUACUCGAACAAGCUGCUCAUGCAGUACCGCAAGGACGAGUCGGCCGAGGGUAAGACCCAGGUCGCGUGGGUCACUGCCUGGAACACCUUCCUCAAGGAGCUCCGCGCUUUCAUCAAGACCUACCACACUACCGACCUCACCUGGAACCCUCAGGGUGGUGAUGUGUCCAAGGUGGCUUCCGCUGCUGCGCCCCCCGCCAGUUCGGGUGGUGCCCCCCCUCCCCCCCGCUGCCGGCCCCCCCUCCUCCCCCCCGUCGUCGACCUCUCCGCCGCCUCCAGCGGUGGUGGUGCCCACGCUGCUCUCUUCGCUGAGAUCAACGCCGUCAAGGAGCGUCAGGCUGGCGGCAAGACUGCUGGUCUUAAGCACGUGACCAAGGACAUGAAGACCAAGAACAUGGAGAAGACCGCCGCCCCCGUUCCCGCCGCUGCCCCCGUCCGCAAGCCCGCCGCUGCCGCUGCGCCCAAGCUUGGCCCGCCCAAGUUCGAGCUCGAUGGCCAGAAGUGGAAGAUUGAGAACCAAGUCGGCAACAAGAACAUCGUCAUCGAGAACCCGGAGGUCAGGCAGACUGUCUACAUCUACAAGUGCCACGACUCUGUCAUCCAGAUCAAGGGCAAGGUCAACUCGAUCAUGCUUGACUCGUGCAAGAAGACCGGUCUCGUCUUCGAGAACGCCAUCUCCGUGGCCGAGGUCGUGAACUGCGCCAGCGUCCAGGUGCAGGUGACCGGCAAGGUCCCCUCCGUCGCCAUCGACAAGACCUCUGGUUGCCAGGUCUUCCUGUCUGCCGAGGGCUUCGACACUGAGAUCGUCACCUCCAAGUCCGACGAGAUGAACGUCGUGCUGCCCGGCCUCAACCCCAACGACGACAUCAUCGAGAUCCCCAUCCCCGAGCAGUUCCGCACGCUCAUCAAGGACCGCAAGCUCGUCACUGAGGCUGUCGCCCACUCGGGAUAA